AUCUAUAAUCCCACCUACAUCAGCUCGAUGGUCCAAUCACAGCGCUCCUUUCGGAGAGGCUGGGCGGGACGGUUACAUCCCCGACAAAGCAUGAGCACACCAUCUUCAGGUCGGAAGACCCCAGUGGACUGUGGUGUCCAGAUCCGCUUCAUCAAUGACCUCUAUGACACUGGCGGUGGGCAGCCUGGGUCCCAGCCCAAGACCAAGGCCCCCACCUCCAAGUACGGUGUAGCGGUCAGGGUGCAGGGUAUUGCUGGCCAGCCAUAUGUGGUCCUGAAGGAUGGAAAGAAAGGCGACUCGUAUGGGGUCCAGCUCAGGACCCAGUACCCCUCUGGUCACAGCAGCCUUCCACGGAGGAGAGAGAAGGCAGAGCCAGGAACACAGGGGGCAGAUGGAGGAGGAGGGCAGGGAGGCGCACUACGCCGAGCCCAGUCCCAGGGCUCGCUACUGGACAGGGAUGGAGAGGGAGGGGCAGACAGUGUCGAUUUUCAGUUGUCUAGGCCACCAGGGGAUGGGAAGUCUGGUAGUUAUGGAAAUCUGGAUGGAGGAAUUGGAGUAAGAGGGGAGAGAGAGCAGGUUCUGCGUGUCGGUGGUAGAGAGGGCGACAUGGAAAGGAAUAUGUGGGAUGGUUCGUACAAAGCAGGGCUUAACGGGUCAAUGGGGUCAGUGAGGAGCACUCAGUCCUACCCUGACCCUCCUCAGCAAACAAAUGAGGUUCACCCUAAUCAGAGACAGACUCCUGUCAACAGUCUAAUAAACAGGUUUGAUGGUGGUAAUACUGGAGGCCAACAGAGAGGACUCCUUCCUGCACAACAAGAUCCCAGAGCUACAUCUCCUCUCCUCACCCCCAACCCCUACACCUCACCUCCGUCCUCAACUCACAGCAGCUUGGGACGCAGCCAGGCCGCUGUCACCAAAUUUCCUGGACACUCCGCUAAUCAGUGGACUUCGCCAGGGAGAUAUGCCGCUGUGGAGAUGCCGCAGGCCAGUCUGACUGAGGCACAAGUGACUCCUGACCUUUUGCUGGACCAGGGUCAGAGUGCAGAGAUGAGCGGUGAGGAGGACCAGGUCAUGCAGACUAUAUACAACAUCCUGAGACAAGGGACCAACGAGAGUGAUGUUGUCAUCAAACACAAAGUCAAGGUCAUCUUUCAGAAAAUUCAGAAUCUAAAGCAGCCCAAAGAAAGACCCCAGGAAAAGUGGAUGUUGGAAAAGAGGGAGCUUGAAAGAAAGAUGGCUGAACUACAAACUGCCCUGCAGGAGGAAAGAAGGGACUCUGUUAGCAAUUCUGAUCCUGCUCUGAAAGCUGAGCUGGAGUCCUGUCUGGAUGAAAAUCUGCAGCUCCGGGAGAUGCUGGACCGGAAGAAAAAAGAAUUGAAUGACACACAAUCAGAGCUGACUCAGCUGCGUAUGGAUAGGGAGAACGCAGAGGCACGGGUCAGAGAAAUGGAGGACCAUCUGGCUGAGCUUCAGGAUGAAUUGAGAAGAGAGAAUGGCAACAAGACGGACCUGAUGUCUUAUCAAGCACAGCUGAUGGAGGUAUGCCAGCUGAAACAGAAGCUGGAGGAGACGCUAAGACAGAGAGAGAGGGAGCUAACGGCUCUCAAAGGAGCUCUGAAGGAGGAGGUGGCCACACAUGACAAAGAGAUCGAGGUGCUCCGAGAGCAGUACAGUGCUGACAUGGAGAAGCUCCGCAGCAGCAUGGAGCAGGUGUCUCAGUCUCACGCAGGGAUUGAGGCAGAGCGGUUGCGUGUAAAUGCAUCAGUUCGCUCCCUACAGCAGCAGUUGGAAGACUGUAGAGACGAGAGUAGCCACUGGAUGGAGCAGUUUCACGCCACCAGAGACGAACUUCGAACAACUAAACAAGAAGAGCCACCCAGCAGCCCUGAAACACAACUCCUGCAAGCCCGUCUGGAAAAAGAGGAGUUUGAGGAGGAACUAAAGGAGCUCCAGGAGAAAGUGAGCACCAUGAAACAACAGAUACCAGACCCUAGCCACACACAGACUCUCAAUCAGGAACUUCAGCGAUGCAAUGCUGAACUACAGAAGGCCAAGUCUGAAGUAGAGAAGCAGAGGACGGAGUUUGACAAGAAAGUCAUGGAGGUCAUCUCCAUAAAAAAAGCUCACCAGAACCAGGAGGCAGAACUUAAGUAUGAGACUGACAGGCUAAAGGACCAAUUACAGAGAGUCAGAGAGGAUUUUGCCAAAGCGCAGGAGAAAAACAAACGGCUCCCAGACCCAGCCAUCAUCUCAGAGCUGGAGCAGAAGCUUGAUGAGACACGUAGUGAAGCUAGCCAGCUCAAAGAGACACUCUCAUUAGCUGAGGAGGAACUGGAGGCCAGUAAAGCUCGUCUCAAUAGAGCUCAGAUGGACGUUAAAUCGUUGCAAGAUGCCAAGCAGGAGCAGGAGGAGGCCAACACACGUCUCAAAGAGAAAUUCUCACGGUUAGAGUCUCAGCUGCAAAUCAAUGCCACAGAGAGCUCAGAGGCAGAGCUCGCCCUCCACACUGAGGUGAGAGGGCUGAGAUCUGAGCUAGAUGAGAUCAAGAGAAAGGCUUCCAGACUGAGCCAGGAGCACCGUGAACUUAGCCUGCGUCUGGAGGAUACGGAGAAAGACAAGGAGACACUCAAACAGACCAUCAACCAGCUGGAAGAGACCAAACGACAGCAGGAGAGAGCUCUGGAAAAACUCAACAAAGAGUAUGAGUCUCUGACCGUGUCCUCAAGAGAGGAGGUGCAGGCUCUCAGGGUUCAGCAGGAGGAGCAGAGAGAGAGAGCACGCAAGGAAAUGCAGGAGGCGCAACGUCACGGAAACGAAGCUCAGAGUGAACUGGAAAGAAGUCAUAUAAAUCUAAGGAGACUGGAGGAAGAAAUGUCGCGACAGAAAAAGGAGCUUCUGCUUGUAUGUGAGGAGAGAGACAACCACCAGCUGGAUAAAGAGCUUCUCACCAACAGAAUGUGCCACCUUGAGGGAGAGAUAGUUGCCAGCAAAAACAGCCACAAUGAGAAAACCCGGGAGAUUCGCAUCCUGGAGGACAAGCUGAAGCGUAUGGAGUUGGAGCUGGAGGAGGAGAAAAACAGCGUGGAGAUGCUAACAGACCGAGUGGCCAGGAGCAGAGACCAGAUCGAUCAGCUCCGCUCUGAGCUCAUGCAGGAGAGAUCUUCUAAACAGGACCUGGAGCUGGACAAGAACGCCAUGGAGAGACAUCUGAAGGAGCUGAGGAGUCGUGUGGCUGACAUGGAGGGCCAGUCUCGCUCCUCAGCAGGAGUCUCCCAGCUGGAGAACAAGAUCCAGGAGCUGGAAGAACGCCUACGGAGUGAGGAAAGGGAGAAGACCUCUGUGUUGGCGUCUCAACGACGUCUGGAGAGGAAACUGAAAGAACUCAACAUAACGCUGGAUGAGGAAAGACAAACGCACAUUGAACAGAGAGACCAGCUUGCUCUGAGAGUGAAAGCUCUAAAGAGGCAGGUGGAUGAAGGAGAGACAGAGCUGGAAAGGAUAGAUGGAAUGAGGAGAAAGGCUCAGAGAGACAUGGAGGAACAGAUGGAGCUCAAAGAGGCCUUGCAGACCAGAGUCACAGCACUGGAAACUGAUCUCAAGAGAAAAACCCAGGCAGCAAUGCGCCCACUUUUGGAUUCAUCAGCCCUCAGCUCAGAUGACGACGACAGCCUGUAUGAUCCCUCCACCAUCACCUCCAUCCUCACUGAGAGCAACCUCCAGACCAGCUCCUGUUAAAACAGCACUUCAGGGACAGGGUGAGGGUGGGAAAACGUAGCACUGUUUAGGAAUGAAUGGAGGGAAGUGUAGGUUAGCUGCUUUGUAGACUGGGAGUAAAGCCAAAAGGCAGAAUGGUAUACACUACAGACAAUGAGGGAAGGGCACAAGGACCUGGGAGGUAAAUGACAUAUUGUAGAGGUUAGUAGGGGAAUGAUUUUCCAUGCCAGAGUGAAUGGAAGGAAACAAAACAUCCUCUGCGUUUUAGGGAAUUUCCUUCAGUCUACAAUGUACACAGAUGUACUCCAUAGUACAGUUGGAAGGACUACAUUGCAUUCAUGCAAUACAUUAGCAAGCACACUACACAAGGUACUCCAACAUAUAAAAACUCACCACCGGUGAGUCGGUAAGUGGAUUGCAUGGAGAGAAAUUAAGCUAGAAGCACAGAAAAACAUAAAUAGAAAAUACCCCUUGCAUUUUUUUGGUUCAAAUUCAGUAUGUCAAACCAUUUCAGGAUUGAAAUUCUGGUCAAGCACUUAUGGUACCAGGUCUUGCUUUGACUGAAUAAUCAAAAAUACUUUUCUGUAGCACAGCUGUCAAGUGACUGAACUCACGAAUUCUGUACCUCAACAUGCACAAAUACUAAGGUAGAACUAUUGAAGAACGGACCAAACACUGACACUGAGUGCAUUCAUGAUUGCCACAAGUCAUUGAAAGAGAAACUAUAAGCAAUAUAACACUAUAAUUCUUAUGCUUGUUUUCUGAAAGUUAAUUUGCCUAACCAAAUCUAAUGGUUUAAGUUCUGCAAAUGAUUCUUAUUGAAUGAAAUCUGGAGUUUGUUUAUGUAAAACUAAGUAUAUUUUCUCAUAUAUUUUCAAGUAUGGAAUAUAAAUUUCUGUGCUCAAGGCUAGUUUGGGACAGGAGUUUAUUCCACCGUCCAGUCUUUAAUGUCUCACAGUACACAGUCCAGGAAUCCUGAAUUAUAAAAUAUGGCCAAGUAUGACACUAAUAGCAUCUGAAAUUGAUUUUCUUGGACAGGGACACAAUAUUGAAUACUAUAAAUAUGAUAAUAACUUGUUGUUGGUAUAAAGGUUUAGUUUUGUUGUUGCUUGACCUGGUAAGUCUUUAUUCACUGUAUCUGAAGCAGUUUCCAGCUGCUUUGAGUACAGAAAGGUCUCUGCUCACAAAAUGACCUUUGUCAGAAUAUCACAUGAUGUAGAAAAGUGGAAAACCACUAUAUAAAGCAAAAUAAUGGCCAAAAUAUCUUCCUGUCUGAUAAAACUGUGCACAUUUAUUUGUACAAGCUGCACUAUUUCUAUGCAUUCCCUUAUAGCAAGUCACUGAAAUAUAUUCUCACAAUUUUAUUACGAUGCCUUAAAAUUGUUAAAAAGAAUUUUGUAACUGACUUGUAAUUCUUAUCUGAAUGAUGUUUGUAAAGUGUUUGUAUUUAACAUUUGUAGAUUUUUGAGUUGAUUUUUGUAUACAGUUUGAACAAUCAGUUGGAGCUAUAUUUGUAUUACAUUUUGCUGCAAUGUUAUAUUUCUCCCUAUCUUUUCAGUGAAACUGGAAAAUGGUACUUAAAUGGUGAUUUGUAAAUGAUUUGUUAGAUUUUAAAGAUCCCCCUAUAUACUGUAAUUGUUGACUGUAAAAAAUUUCACACUGACUGUACUUCACAAAAUAGAUCUUUUUUUCUAUUACAUAUAAAUAUAGCAACAAUAAAACUAUUACGUUAAAUUGA